AUGACCAAGUAUACCGUCCCACGCCACCGUCCCACGCCACCGUCCCACGCCACCGUCCUCCACCGUCCCUCUACUGUCCUCCACCGUCCCUCCACCGUCCCACGCCACCGUCCACGCCACCGUCCCACGCCACCGUCCCACGCCACCGUCCUCCACCAAGUCCUCUACUGUCCCUCCACCGUCCCCUCCACCGUCCCACGCCACCGUCCUCCACCGUCCCACUCCACCGUCCCACUCCACCGUUCCACUCCUACUGUCCCACCACUGUCCCUCCACCGUCCUACUCCACCGUCCUCCACCGUCCUCCUGUCCUACUCCACCGUCCCUCCACCGUCCUCCACCGUCCCUCUACCGUCUACUCCACCGUCCUCUACUGUCCCUCCACCCUUCCACUCCACUGUCCCAACCAGUCAGCAUAACCCCGCCCUCUCAUUUACCUUCUCCUUAACAUACCUGACUGCUUGGUUGACCUUCUGUGACCCCAGUGGAUGA